CCUAAUCUAACGACCUGAAACCGUGUGCCCUCAGCCCACCGGCGGCAGAAAAGUCCAAUCCCCGUGCCAAAUCCUUCCUCCUCCAUCUUCCCGCUAAAACACUCUUUUACCUGAUCGUAUACCUCAACGAUUCCAGUCUCCAGAUUUCCCAUUCCAUGUAAGUAACGACCGAUCAGCGUCUCCCGCGAUCUUCCAUGACGUCCGUCUCUGCCCCGCCGCUGCUUACCGGCGAGAGGGCCGUGGUGGUGCUGUUCAUCGCCUGCAUCAUGUUCUCUCUCCCUCCGUCUCUUCUCCUCCCCGGUGGGUUUCUGUCGUUUCUUUCCUUCUUCGCGCUAUGCGUCGAGAUCCGCGGCGAGAGCUCCGGUUCCCUCUCUCAGCUCAAGACUAGACCUGGGGCUUCAUCAGGGAUAUUGCUUGGUGCAGUUACAUUGCCUGCACUUAUGCUCUCGAAGCUGAUACAGCUUUCACGAGCCUUGUCAUUGGACGAGAUUCAUCUUGGAGAAGUUGAUUAUCUACAGAUGCAAUACUGGGCCGCUUCAAUUAGCUGCUUUGCUGUGCUGAUCUUCCUCUCUUUAGUCAUAUUGGCUGCACAAAGUUCGCGGUCCGCUUCCUGCAGAGUACAAUGUGCUAAGUUCAUCUUUGGAUGCAUUGUUUUGGUUGCAGCAUUGUACAAUAUCUCCACAACAGGUGUUUAUCAUAUUUUUUCUGAUUGCUAUACUGUCUUUAUCCUUAUUACCCUUACAGGCAUGCAAACGGCUACCAACUUGCUGUGGGUGCUGUUCCAUGGACUUGCCACUGUGAAACUAAUGCAGCAUUUACUCGAGACAUUUCCAUCAUGUGCAUCCAUUGGGGAGACUCUUUUGGUGACAGCAGGACUUGUUCUCUACUUUGGCGAUAUAUCGGCAUGCACUAUUGCAAAGGCUAGUAUUCAUGGAUACUGGAGCUCUUCCGAGUUGGCAUUUGUGCAAUAUGGAACUCGAAAAAAUGAGAUUAGUACUGUCAUUCAGGGACUGCUUCUUGGUCUUCUUCUGUUUCCUGUUGCCUUUAAAUUUCUGCUUCACACACUAGAUUCCUUACCAAGUGUGACAAGCUCAGGCACAAGGAUGCAAAAUGAGAGGAGAAGAUCUCUCAUUUUCUUUGUUUCAUUUGGGUUAGUCAUGAUUGUGGUCAUGCCAUUGUGGAUGCAAUUUGUACAGGACUUUCAGACUCACCCACUUUUAUGGGUGGCCGCUUUUGUUUUCUCUGAACCUGCUAAAAGACUAUCCCUAUGUACCUAUUGGGUGUGCUUGAUAUAUGUCUCAGUGAGGCGCUUCUACUACAUAUCAAAGAAUAGUAAGACUGAACGAAUUCUUCUUCGGAAGUACUACCAUCUGAUGGCGGUUUCUAUGUUUGUUCCAGCAGUUAUCUUCCAGCCAAAGUUCCUUGAUUUAGCUUUUGGGGCAGCCCUGGCAGUCUUCUUGACAUUGGAGAUUAUUCGAAUAUGGAGAAUUUGGCCACUGGGGCAACUUGUUCACCAGUUUAUGAAUGCUUUCACUGACCAUCGUGAUUCUGAGCUCCUCAUUGUCAGCCACUUCUCGCUCUUACUGGGAUGUGCACUUCCAAUUUGGCUGUCCUCUGGGUAUAAUGAUCGGCCCCUUGCUCCUUUUGCUGGAAUUUUGAGCCUUGGCAUUGGAGAUACAAUGGCAUCCAUGGUUGGGCACAAAUAUGGUGUUCUGAGGUGGAGUAAAACUGGAAAGAAAACUAUUGAAGGCACUGCAGCUGGCAUAACUUCUGUUUUGGCUGCUUGCUCGGUCUUGCUGCCUGUUCUAGCAUCCGCUGGAUAUAUCUUUACUCAGCACUGGCUCUAUCUUUUUCUGGCGGUCACAGUGAGUGGGUUGCUGGAGGCCUACACAGCACAGCUUGACAAUGCUUUCAUACCUCUGGUUUUCUACAGCCUCCUCUGCUUGUAAAACUGCCACGCAUUGAAUUCGAAUCUCCAGGCUCCCUUCCCACUGCUAAUGAUAGCCGAGCUUCGUGGUAGAGAUGUUCGAUGUGGUGCGACGUACUUUAUGCUCCAAUACUUCUGACCAAGCCAUAGAUUAACGACGACUUAGCUAAUACAACUAACCCAUUUGAUUAAUCGGUUUGAUCAACUGAACCAGAGGGAAAGAUGACUCUGCACUGCCUCAUACUGAGUGUAUAGGGAAAAUAUAGAAGAACCCAGGAAGCUAUAUUGAUCUUGUACUAGAGGGUAUUUGUCCUGUAAAUCCAGUUCCAAUAUACGAAUACCAUUUUGAUACAUAUCCAUCUACAUUUACAUUUUACAGCUGCAAAUGAAUGAAUUGCUGAUGGUGCAUCGGCCACCUCCAUGCACUCAACCCUACUGUGUUCUUGGUUGAUAUUCGACGCUGUCGUGGGACCUUCUUCUUGUUCUUCCUAGGUCACAUCAAUUCAAGCUUCCUCAAACAUCAGACACAGAAACUUAUGCGCCAAGGUUGAGCAUAAAGAAGACAGCAUAUUCAACGAAGCCGAUGCCAAUGUACUGCACAAAGUGAUUUUUGCUGUGGAGUAGGGACGACUGCCGACUGGUAGAGAGAGGCCACAUGUAUAGAGAUAUUUUCGCCGGGGAGCCAGCCAAACACCAUUCAUCGUAGUCGCUAACGCUGUACAUCAAAUUCAACACAUAAAAUAAAAACAUGAAUUGUUUGGCAGAUACUACAAAGAAGAAGACCAGUCUCCUUCUCCCUCCCAUCUUUCGUUUGAGGUUCAUAUUGUUAAGACUGUAGUAGUAUAACUGUGCAAGUGAGAAGAGAAGAGAAGAGAAGAGAAGAGAAGAGAAGAGGGGGCUAAAACGUUUAUCAUAUUUUGCAGGAAAUUAAGAAGCAGAACCACGUGCAGGAUCUUGCUAUUUUGGUUGGG